UAUUGCCAAGUUGUCAUUGAUGAAAACAACAGAGAUGGAUGUUUUCUGUUUUGUGAAGAAAAUUUGAUUUGGUUUGGAACAAAUUUCUAAAAAUGUUGCAGAGGUUUAUUCAUAUUCAAUUAAAUUCUAAAAUAUCUCUUGGUAGUGUAAAUUUAUUCUGUAGAUUAUCGUCACAAAGUGCAUCUUGUAAUCACUGUGGGUUCAGGUUAUAUUCUAGUCACAAGGUUCCAGCUUUACGAAAUUAUUACGAAAGAUCUUUAGAUAAAAGAAGUAGUAUUUUUUGUAUGAAAACACGUUACUAUACGAGUCAAGUCGAUGCUCAGAAGAAAAAUAACCACUUCGAGGCUUUAAAAGAAAAACAGACAGUUGUCCCGGCAAACAAAAUCAACGUGAAAUUAAAGGGUUCCGAACUGAAGCGAUUAUUUAGUCUGGCAGAACCCGAAAAAUGGACCCUCACCAGUGCCAUUGGAUUCCUCAUUGUGUCAUCCAGUGUCACGAUGGCAGUCCCUUUUUCCCUGGGUAAGGUAUUGGAUAUAAUCUAUGACUCUUCAAAUGACCUCGGAGCAGCAAGAGAGAAAUUGGAUGCGCUCUGCCUGAUAUUAUGCGGUGUAUUUCUGUUGGGUGGUGUGUGUAAUUUUGCAAGAGUGUACCUUAUGUCUAUAUCUGGUCAAAGAAUGACACAGUCUCUUCGAAAGCAGGUUUAUGGGGCCAUAAUGAGGCAGGAGCCCGCUUGGUUUGGAAGAACUUCCACCGGAGAACUGAUUAACAGAUUAUCAGCGGACACCCAGCUUGUGGGUAGAAAUCUCAGUCAAAAUGUCAGUGAUGGACUGAGGUCAAUGUUGAUGGUGUCUGCAGGCACUGGGAUGAUGAUAUACAUGUCCCCAUCAUUGGCCAUGAUUGGACUGUGUGUGGUGCCGCCUGUGUCAAUGCUUGCUGUUUUUUAUGGUCGGUUUGUGCGUGGUAUCACUCGGCAGAUGCAGGACACACUGGCUGAAACAAGUGAGCUAGCUGAAGAAAAAAUAUCGAACAUAAAGACUGUUAAAGCAUUUAGUAAGGAGAAAACAGAAUGUAAUUUAUAUGCACAGAGAAUAGAAAACCUGCUCAAAUUAGCAUACAAAGAGUCAAUGGCGGUUGGAAGCUUCUAUGGAUUGACCGGACUCUCUGGAAACAUUAUAAUAAUUCUAGUGUUGUACUAUGGGGGUGGUAUGGUGGCUACUGAACAGUUGACUGUUGGCAAUUUGACCUCAUUUCUCUUGUAUGCUGCGUAUGUUGGUAUAAGCAUUGGAGGUCUAAGCAGUUUCUAUACAGAGUUAAAUAAAGGUAUCGGGGCAGCGACCAGAUUGUGGCAGAUCAUAGAUAGAGUACCUACGAUACCAGUUGAAGGUGGCCGCCGACCAUUACUAAGGCCUACAGGUGAAAUAGUCUUCGAUAAUAUAUCUUAUUCAUAUCAAGGGGCACCUCUUAUCAAAGACUUCAACUUACAUCUAAGGCCCGGCAGGUCUUUAGCCCUUGUCGGUCGUUCAGGGUGCGGUAAAAGCACAAUAGCAGCCCUAAUAUUAAGGUUAUAUGACCCAGUUAAAGGCAGGAUACUUUUAGACGGAGCGGAUAUAAGAGAAUUGGACCCAACUUGGUUGAGGAGCCACAUCGGUUACGUUAGUCAGGAACCUGUGUUAUUUAGCGGGACAAUAAAGGAAAAUAUUCUGUAUGGUGCUCUUGAAGAUGAAUAUGGAAAUCCAAUAGAAAAAGACAGUAAUGAAAAGGAGCCAGCCUGGUUACGAGCGGCGCGAACAGCCCACCUUCACGAGCUGGUGAUCGCCAACAAGCAGGGCUGGGACCGGCAGGUGGGCGCCGGAGGGGGCCAGCUGAGCGGUGGCCAGAAACAGCGCGUUGCGAUUGCAAGGGCUAUAGUAAAGAACCCGAAAAUAUUAAUACUUGACGAAGCUACCUCAGCUUUAGACGCGUAUUCAGAAUUCCUAGUAGAUAAAGCUUUGAAGGAAAUCAGUCGAGAUCGCACCGUGUUAACGAUCGCACAUAGAUUGAGCACAAUACAAUCUGCUGACGAAGUGGCGGUUUUAGAAAAUGGAUCCAUAAUAGAGAACGGAACAUAUGCAGAACUUAUGGCAAAACAAGACGGAUUCUUCAGGGAACUCAUCACGCACCAAACGUUUGCUUCCAAAGCGAGAGACAAACAGCACACGUAAUAGUUAUCGGGGCCAUAGACAAAUUUGUUGUUACGAUUUUUUACUGUUGUGUUUAUAUCUCUAAUUUAUUUAUUCGUUAUGAACAGAGUAAAUCCAUGUGUUUAUUUACACAGUUGAGCUGUUCCGGAUAUAGAAUAUUAUUGUUGACUUUUUAGCCAUUAAUUUGGUUGAUCAACUAUAAAGUGUAAAGUAUUUUUGGCCUAUGUGCUGUUUUUGUAAAAGAACUAUUUAUUUGCUAUUUUUAUCAAAAAAUAUUUGCAUUUCCCCUUUGUGACGAUUUUCAGAGAUGGUUUUGUCGUGUUUAUCUGGUGUUUUGAAAGUUUAGAAUAACUGUCCAACGAACUAAAUAAAAAAAAAAUAAGAUUCAAUUAUAACUGUGCAGUUUGAAGGACAAUCAAUCAAAACAAAACACAGUAAUCUUUAACACUGCGAAUCCCAUCACAGUAGAAUUAUUUGACAAUUUAAUGAAUGAAACUAAAGAUUAAAGUUGAGAAGCAUCAGAAAAAUUUGCAACAAAAUAAAGCAAUGUAAUCACGUAGGCUAAUAAACUUUACUUAGUCAAUUAUUGAUGUUAGGGCAUGACGAUAUUAUUUUUACGAUAAAAUUGUUAUCAUUCACCUAAAUGUAUUGGACUUUUGCUCCACAGAUUAUGUUUAUUUAAUUGCGGGAACAUUACAAUUUUCCUAUUAUUAAAUAGUAAUCAUUAUUCAGUAAUCCACGGUUGACUGGUGAGUUUAAAUGAUACCAAUCUCACUAAUAUAGACCGAAAGCAUAAUGAAAUUAGAAUAUAUUUUUUACUUACCUGAAAGACAUGCCUUAUAUUUGGUAAUUUUUAAAAGGAAGACAUUUACCAAUACGAAUUGUUGAUAGAAAAUUAUUUGUAGUUAUUUGUAUAUAAGAAAUGUACAAAAUUGUCACUCUUACGGGUGCUGUAAUUUAUCAAAUUUUUGAACAAGGUAUAAUUAUAAAGGCAAAAAAAGGUAUAUAAAAUACGGGAAUUUAUUUUUAUUUGACCCACAAAUAAAUGGUUGUUAUUAAAUGGUAUUUAUAUGUUUGCUUUGCCAAUAAUCUUACUUGUCUUAGUUUGAGGCCAAGAAUUCUUAUUAAACGAUUUAUUAUACGUUAAUCCCACCUUAAUAGACUUUUACGUUAAAAUCCGAACCAUUAUUGAUGGUUCCGAUUUAUUUACUUCUUUUUUAAAAAAACUAAAAAGAAACUGGAAAUUUGCUAGAAUUUAGUGUUUCAUCGAUUCAGUUUAAGAAUUUCGCAUUAAAAAAUAUCUUUCAUGUUAAAUCAGGGCUAUCUAUAUAUGUAGUCAGUUUUAUCAAUAACCACCAAAUUGUUCAAAAGAUUUCUUACUUAGUUGAUAAAAGGUAUGAGAUAUUUAACCCAACGAGACAUUUCAACUACCUACCUUACCUAUAGUAAAGUAGGUAUUAAGUGCCAAGAUAAUUGAUAGUUUUCUAUACAUAAGUAUUUGAUUGGCAAUGAAAUGACAAUAUAUAUAUGUUCAAUAAUCAUUUAUUGAAAAACCCACCUUUUUAAA